CGGCUGAAAUGGACUGACCCCCGCGCCAUGCCGCCUGCCCCUGGCCCCGACGACGCCGAGCCGGGCGUCGGCGUGGACCACCCCGCCGCGGCCGCGGCCGCGAGUGAGGACGACCUGCCGCUGGAGGAGCAUGACGUUCCCCGGGACGCGGGUGACGGCGAAGAAGCAGACGCCGGCUGUGCUGAGGCCGGCGAACUUGAGGAGGUGCUCGUGGAGGCGGCUGAGGACGCCUUGCUGGCCGAGCUCGCCGAGCUGGAGGCCGAGGAGGCCGACGAGCAGGCCGAGGCCGAGCGACGCUCCCAGCGGAGCGGCGGGCGCGGUGUCAGCCGCAGCGGCAGCCUUGCAGACGAGGCCGAGACGCGCAUCGACGUGGACGGCGCCGACCCCAUCGCCGACGUGGAGGUGGUGCGGGCGCGGUCGGCGGUCUCGCUCGUCUCGCGCGGGUCGUCGCUCGCCGCGACCACGGGCUCGCUCUCGGCCUCCGGGUCCACGGCGGCCGCGGCCUCUCCGCCCCCCGGCGCACCGGUGGACAUCAUCGAAGUCAGAGAAGCCAACAGUCUCGCGGAGCGCGGCGGCCCCGAGACCGUGGUGAGCACCAGCCCGACGACGGUGGACGUGGAGAAGGAGGCCGGCCGCGACGUGGGCAAUGGGCGGCGCCUCGUCACGCAGCAGAGCUCGGUGUGGACGCGGCGGCAGCAGGCCGUGUGCGUCCGGCACGCCUUCAAGCACUACGGCUCCAACAAGAACCCGAACCACGUGCUGCAGAACCUCAACAUGACCGUCCCCAAGGGCACCAUUUCAAGGAGCCCAUUUACGGUAGCAACAACCCCAGUUUCACCGACUUCGUGGCUCCUGGAGUGAUCCUCACCAUCGUCUUUUUCUUGGCCGUGGCCCUCACGUCCUCCGCCCUCAUCAUCGAGCGCAUGGAGGGACUGCUCGACAGGAGUUGGGUCGCAGGUGUGUCGCCGUUCGAGAUUCUGUUCUCGCACGUGGUCACGCAGUUCGUCGUCAUGUGCGGGCAGACUGCUCUCGUCCUUAUAUUCAUGAUUGCUGUAUUCCAAGUAGAAUGCAAAGGAGACAUGUUCUGGGUCAUUAUCCUUACAAUCCUGCAGGGUCUUUGUGGAAUGUGCUUUGGCUUUGUUAUUUCAGCGAUUUGUGAGCUUGAAAGGAAUGCUAUUCAAUUGGCUUUAGGGAGUUUCUAUCCAACCCUUCUGCUCAGUGGUGUGAUUUGGCCAGUUGAGGGAAUGCCUGUGGUGCUGCGCUACAUUUCUCUCGGUUUGCCUCUCACAAUGGCAACAACAUCACUUCGCAGUAUGCUCACACGUGGCUGGAAGAUAUCUGAACCUGAUGUGUACAACGGCUUCUUUGCCACCAUUAUCUGGAUUGCAUUAUUCCUUACAAUCAGUAUGGUUGUGCUUAAGGUGAAGAGGGGCUAAAAAGAAAAUUGACUCUGAAAGUGCCUCAAGACAUUCUUGUCUAACCAUCCCUUACCAUGAAGUGCAAUAUUGUCCUACUGUGUUAUCACACUGGAAAACACACUGUGGUUGUGCACUUAGUUCAAAAUUUCUUUGGAUCAAGAUGUAAGGGUUGAAAUUACUACAUAAUUUAAUGGCAGGCUUGAUAGACAUGAAUUGUAUUUAACCUUUUCAUGAUGUGCUCUUCAAUCCUUCCAUUAAUUAUGGUGUUGUUGCUCUUUGUUGAUCUCCCAGUGGGAGAUGAAAGAGGAGGAAGUUGUCGGCAUAAACACCUAUAUACUUAAUGAGUUGUGUACCUCCGAAGCAAUUUCUUGGAAAAAUGCUGUCAUGUUUUAUAGUGGGUUCAAUUUUGUAGCGAACCAAAUUUGUUCAGAAUUUUUAAUGUAUCAUUUUGUGCUGGUACCUUUGUGCUGUAGUCUCUGUUUCCUGGUUAUUAAGAGUAGUGCCUAAUUGCACGUACUAAAAAAUUAUAUUGUGAGCCACUUGUGAUGUGUUUUGAAUUAGUGGCAUUCCGUCAGAUAUUUCUGUAUGGCUAACGCUUUAGUAAGUCCUUGUGUUGGACAAGGGAUUGCUCUCUUCAAUUACUGUUCUACAGUAGUUGCUAUAUAUCAGUUAGAUAAAUUACUACUAGCUCACAAGGAAUAUAAAGAAACAAUUUAUUGCAUGAAUAACAUUUUGUUAUUUUAUGAAUUUACUACUAUCUGUACAUGUACAAUGUAUGACGCUUGUUUUUAUGUCUUGGAUGUUUUGUGUUUGUUAUUUUUAUAGUCCAACAAUGUAUGUGAUAGCGCUGUGAGCUGUCCAGUCUGAUGGUUACAUGUGUAAAUAAGCUAUGUAGGCAAAUAGAUAGGCAGUACUCACCCAGAUUUACUUUCUUGUCCAUCUUUUUGCACAUUUCCCUUUUCAUGUCAACCUUGUCCCCCUUUUCUUGUCCUAUCCUUUAAUUUUUUUUUCUUCUUUGAGAUUGCAGUUGUAUUUAUUUUGAUGUAAUUCUUAAAAUUUACCUCCCUACAGUAAUGUAGAUAUACUCUGCCUAUGAUGCAAGUUUUAUUUAAAUUAUUUUACAAGUUAACUGGCAAGAUGACAUUGUGAUUUCUUUUAAUCUUGAAAUCUCGUACAGCAUUGCGUCUGUGAUUAUAUGUUUAGUAGAAUGUAACAGAGUUAAAGGUUGGUACCAUGGUUACUUAAUUGUGCAUUGAAAGUUAGAAUAUCAAAUGUUAUAUUAUUUUGGAACUGCAAGGCCAGUUACAUUUAGUCCAACUAGUUCAAUACUAUUGUGCUCAAAGUAAUUAGAUUGUUUCCCCAAAUUUUGUGAAGUUGCCAUAUUUUAUCACUAAGCAGCUUUGUGCAGUUCUGAUAUUGAAGAAAAAAAAUCCUGCAAGGUAUAUUUAUGAUGUUCUGUUGGAUGAGUUUUAAGUAAUGAAAGGCAGUUUAUGAAUGCUAAAGUAUUAACCUGUUAUUAUUUUUAACAGAACAGGUGUAUUUAAAUUCAUAGAAAAUUGCCAAUUUGCUCAACAUGAAUGGUUUUAAGGGUGUGUUUGCAACACUUUAAGAUGUUACCAUGCCAUGACUUUGUGGUCAUACUCUUGUGAUUUUGUGCAUAUUUUGGGUUCAUGGUAACAUUUAUCUGUGUAUCUCAAAUGCAUCAAAUUUUUAUACACAUAUCCCCCAUUUAUUACAAAUAUGAUGUUGUUGUACUUGUGUGAUUUGAAAAUUAUUUUCCCCUCCAAGGAAAUAAAAUAAUUGUUUCAAAA